AUGCAGCUCCAGAUCUUGCUUCUGCUCCCCAUGGCCUUUCUCCUGCCCGCCGGGGCUCAGGCUGGGGAGAUUAUCGGGGGUCGGGUAGCUAAGCCGCAUUCCCGCCCCUACAUGGCCUACCUCAAGAGAAAAACCUGCAAGGGUGAAGAGCCGUGUGGGGGGUUCCUGGUGCGGAAGGAUUUUGUGCUGACAGCCGCCCACUGCGUCGAUGGGGACAUCACCGUGCUCCUUGGAGCCCACAAUGUCCAUCGGGACGAGGAGACCCAGCAACGAGUCUCUGUGCGGCGGAAGAUUCCCCAUCCCGGAUACAAUAAGACAAGCAUUGAGAAUGACCUGAUGCUGCUGCAGCUGGCGGAGCCUGUGGAGCUGACCGAUGCCGUGCGCACCAUCCCGCUGCCCCAGGCUGGCCGCACCAUGGAACCAGGGUCCGUGUGCAGCGUGGCAGGAUGGGGCAGGACCAGCCUCGACACUAUGCUAACCAGCAACAUCCUCCACGAGGUGGAGUUAGAGGUGAUGUCAGACGAGACCUGCCAGGAGGACAGGCUGCUCCAACGCUACUAUAAGCCCUCGUGGAUGAUGUGUGUGGGGGACCCUGACGAGGACAAGGCCUCGUUCUCGGGCGACUCUGGGGGCCCCCUGGUGUGUGACAGGAAGGCCCAGGGCAUCGUCUCCUUCGGCAAAAAGGACGGAUCCCCCCCGAGGGUGUUCACCAGGGUCUCCGCAUAUGUCUCCUGGAUCAAGAAAACAAUGAGGGCUUUCAGCAGCCCAGGGUCCCACGCUGAAAGCCCUGCGUCCCUUCGUUGA